AUGAAUGCCGAAAUUAUAUGCAUCAACAAUGACAUUCCCUCAAAGACUGCCACAGGGACCAUAGCCAUUCAGGUGGAGGACUUUAAUGAUCACUGUCCAAAACUGACCACUACAGCUCAUACCAUGUGCCUGGAGGAUAAUGUGAUCUAUGUGACAGCUGUAGAUGAAGAUGCGUUUCCAAAUUCAGCACCGUUUGAGUUCAGUGUGAUUCAGGAGAGCAGCAAGGGGAAAUGGACAGUGGAGCAUUUUAAUGACACCACAGCCAUUCUGCGAGACCAAGCCAACUUAUGGCCAGGCAACUACAAAAUAGCACUGUUGGUCAAGGACCAGCAAGGAAAGUCGUGCGCUGAUGUUCAGGUGAUGGACUUAACUGUGUGCGCUUGCCCAGAACACACUAAAAGUUGUAUGGAGCGCAUUUCGAAGACUGCAGGUUUUGGUGCUGCAGGUAUCCUGCUUCUGCUCCUGGGACUGUUGCUGCUGCUACUUCUUUCCGUACCUCCACCCCUGGCCCAUGCCCUCUCCACCCAGGAACACCCCCUUGAUGCUGGGACUGGUUCUGAGGAAGAGCAGGGCGUUCCAGCAGAUGUUGCCCAGCAUGAAGUACUGGGCCAGCAGGUGGAUCAUCUUCCACCAGGCGGACCACUCCGUCUUCUUCUGAUCCGCCUCCAGCGGAGCUUCGACCAAGACAAGACCUUAAUCCCUGAUAAUCUCAACAUCUACAUAAAUCCUGCAGUCAUGGCUGCACCGAAGGAGAAUUUACAGUCUCUUGGACAUCUGACCGGCACAGAACAAAACACUUUUACAAACCACAGUGUUAAAAAUAGUUCCAAGCUGUUUCAAGCUGACUUCUCAAAUCUCCAGAGUCAUCUCAGAGUGAUGCACCUGCAGCAGCACUGGCAGGAGCUGAAGGAGAGAGAGCAAGCAGCACGACAACACAACAGGCAGCUUAUGCAGCAGUUAGAGAAAGCUCAGGACAUGCUGAGAGAGAUGUUGGCCCGCAGUGCUGCCAUGAAAACUAUUCGGAUGGAGUAUGAGCGGCUCCUGGUGGAGAGCACCCCACUCCGGCAGCAGCAAAUCAAGAAGAAAACACAAACUGCUCAAUGGAAGGCCCUACCAAAAGGCCACAAAGUUGAUGCACCUCUAGGGCAAAACAACCAAAACAGCCACUCAGACUACAACCAAGAUGUCUCCUCUCAUCUCCCCUACAUUCAGUCCUCCUGGCUAACCCAACAUCAAUCCCAUUUGAGGGUCUCGCAGUUUGCGAGGGAGGAGGCUGAGACAAGCGGAGCAUCAAGCUCAAGAAGUGAGAGAGGUGGUGGAAGCAGAAGCAGUCAUUUGUCCCAGGAGCUUGACAUUAAACCAGUCCGUCUGUCCAGUGGUCAUACAGAGAACAGUGAGAGCAGCAGGGAUUCAAGUCAGACCAGCAGAAAGAGGAAGAAGAUAGGAAGAUCACAUUGUACCUCCACUGAGAAAGAGGAGCACAGCUCUCAGGAGUCAUCUAGGAGUUCCAAUGCUGUUGUCAAUACCUCAGUUGAAGCCAUCAAAAGAUCAGGAAAUGACUCCUUAUCAGGCAAAAACAGCACAACUCGAAGUAGGAAAACAAGGAGAAGAGGUGGGAGACAAGUUGCUGAAUCACCAAGGAUGGAGACUGUGGCAAAGGAAAAGGCCAGGAGCAAGGGAGAUGAGUCUGGGAGUCAGUCCAGUGGUGAGGAGGCAGGAUGUCAGACUGAGGAAUGCACGAGUGAAAAUGCAGCAAAUUAUAGUCCAGAUGACAAAUCAGAGAGCUGUAGCGUGGAGGUGGGAGGCAUUUGUAUAAAGCCUGAAAACAAAGGUGGAGCCAAAACAGAUCUGGGAGGUGGAAAUGGAGAUGAUGUUGCUGAAGAAAAAGAUAAAUGUCUAAUAGAGGAAGAGCAGGAGGAGAGAGAUGAUGAUAAAGGUUCUGCCAGAAAGAACACAACAGAGGAAGAAGAGGAGACGGGAGCAGAAGACGGGAUGGAGGAGCAGGAGUGUGAGGAUCAGGGAGAUGAUAUAAACAGGCUGAAGAAAAAAGACUGUGAGAAGAGACAACAGGGUCCUGCCUCCUCUCAGGAUGAAGAUGAGGGUGAAAGGUGUGAGGAGAAGACAGAAGAGGAUGAGGGGUCGGACAAGGAGGAGCAGAGGAAUGAUGAAGAAGAACCAGAGGAGAAAAGAGAUUCAGAGGACAGUAUCAUCUCAAAGGAGAACAGAUCUAAAAAGAUGCCAAUUGUCCCUGGGGAAGCAUCUGAGGAUUAUGCUACUGAGAAGGGGAGUAAGACAGGAUCCUCUGAUGACUCAAAUGAUUUCAGUGAGGACGACGAUAUUGAGAAUCUCCUUGCACCUCAAGAACAAAGAAGAAAAGAAGAAAAGGACCUGAAAGCUGAGGAGAAACACAAAGCAAUUUGUGACAACGUGGAGAUGUUUCAAGUGAAGCUGGACAGAUCGACGGAGUCAAAUCACCAAAGUGACUCUGAUGAUUUUUAUGACUAAAUGUGUUGGUCCUAACUGCCCACACAUGAGAACAGAGGACAACAACAUACCUCAGUCACUUAGAAUUUAGUGUAAUAUUAAAACUACUUAUGAAAAACUAGGUUAUAGAUAUUUUGUUUCCUAGCAUUUAAUUAAAUUGAAAUCCAAAUGUUCUACCCAAGGAUGAAAAAAGAAAUCUCAUCUAGAAUAACCCCAAUAUAUUAAACUGCUAUAGAUAUACUUUUUUCACAUCAGGUGUAACUCAAACCACAGGAUAACUAUAAAAAUACUCUGUUAGAACAAACAAAUACACAGUGAAGUAGAAAGGGUGACAAUUUA